AUGGACACAGUAUUGCAUUCCUAUAUAUACUUUUUUGACAAUGGUGUCGAUCUUCUUGAAGCAAAAGAGAGCAAUAAAUUUCAUCCUACACAAAUUGUGCAGGUAGUCACAGUUGGGUCCAUACAUGGAGGCCAAGCCGGAAAUGUGAUCCCACAUACGGUUGAAAUUACAGGAACUUACAGAAGCUUAACCUCUCAAGGUCUCUCCUACUUACAGGAAAGGAUCAAAGAGGUGAUAGAGAUGCAAGCAGCUGUGCAUCAAUGUAGUGCUGUGUUGGAAGACAAACCAAUGCCUCAUCCGGUAGUGGUUAAUGACGAGGCACUGUACGAACACGGGAAGAGAGUUGGGGAGAUCUUACUUGGGAAGAAGUUCCCCGCUGCAAUGUUUGUGGUAGGGACAAAGAAUGAGACUCUAAAAUCGGAUGAGCCAUUGCACUCGCCUUACUUUGUUAUUGAUGAGGAUGCUCUGUCCAUUGGAGCUGCGUUUCAUGCUGUUGUGGCAAUCUCUUUCUUAGAUAGCCAUGUUUUUUAUAUCUAG